CUGAUGGUCAGUGAGAUGGCGCAACAGUCACGAAAACACAGCGAGAAGAGUCCAUUAUAUAACAUGUGCUGCUUCGUGGUCCAUAAGCGCUGCCAUGAGUUUGUCACGUUCUCCUGCCCCGGGGCAGAUAAAGGUCCAGACACAGAUGACCCCCGCAGUAAGCACAAGUUUAAGAUCCACACAUACGGGAGCCCGACAUUCUGUGACCAUUGCGGAUCUCUGCUCUAUGGCCUCAUACACCAGGGGAUGAAGUGUGAGACGUGUGACAUGAAUGUACAUAAAGUGUGCGUGGUGAACGUGCCGAGCCUGUGCGGGAUGGACCACACCGAGAAGAGGGGCCGCAUCUUCCUGAAGGCCGAGGUGAAGGGGGACACGCUGAGCGUCACAGUUCGAGAUGCCAAGAACCUGAUCCCUAUGGACCCCAAUGGUCUGAGUGACCCCUACGUGAAGCUAAAGCUGAUCCCUGACCCCAAGAAUGAGAGUAAAAAGAAGACCAGGACCAUCCGCUCCACGCUGAACCCCGCCUGGAACGAGUCCUUCACCUUUAAACUGAAGCCGUCAGACAAGGACCGGCGCCUGUCCAUCGAGAUUUGGGACUGGGACCGCACCACCCGCAAUGACUUCAUGGGCUCCUUCUCCUUCGGGGUGUCGGAGCUGAUUAAGAUGCCGGCGUGCGGCUGGUACAAACUGCUGAACCAGGAGGAGGGCGAGUAUUACAACGUACCCAUCCCCGAGGCCGAUGACGACGGGAACCUGGAGCUGCGCCAGAAGUUUGAGAAAGCCAAGCUGGGCCCCGCAGGUAACAAGGUGAUCGGGCCCGCACAGGAGCGCAGACCCUACGUCCCCUCCAACAACAUCGACAGCGUCAAGCUCACAGACUUCACCUUCCUCAUGGUGCUGGGAAAAGGAAGUUUUGGAAAGGUGAUGUUGGCGGAGAGGAAGGGAUCGGAUGAGCUGUACGCGGUGAAGAUCCUGAAGAAGGACGUGGUGAUCCAGGACGAUGAUGUGGAGUGCACCAUGGUGGAGAAGAGGGUGCUGGCCCUCCAGGACAAGCCGCCCUUCCUGACUCAGCUGCACUCCUGCUUCCAGACAGUGGACCGUCUUUACUUUGUCAUGGAAUACGUGAACGGAGGCGACUUGAUGUAUCACAUCCAGCAAGUGGGGAAAUUCAAGGAGCCUCAGGCUGUGUUCUAUGCGGCUGAGAUCUCGGUCGGUUUGUUCUUCCUGCACAAGAAGGGAAUCGUAUACAGGGACCUGAAGCUGGACAACGUCAUGCUGGACUCUGAGGGCCACAUAAAGAUCGCCGACUUCGGGAUGUGCAAGGAGCAUAUGGUGGACGGGGUCACCACCCGGACCUUCUGCGGGACCCCCGACUAUAUCGCCCCCGAG